CUUUAUCCUGAAAAAAUGUUUAAUAUCUUCCCAUCUUCCUGGGAACAGCUAUAUCUGCAGGUGUUUAUCAGGCCAGAUUUACUUCCUCUGUAGGCUUUUAGGGUGUGACCUAGUAAGUAAAAGGUUAUGUGAAAGCUUCCUAGAUGCUGGAGCAUUACUUGAAAAUGAAAGGCAUUUACUGUAACUCCAGAUUGCACCAGUCAGGGAGGUUUUUUUUAUAAGCACCUGUGCAGAUCACACUGCAUCCUAUUAUAAUGACCAAAUCUAUGAUAAAAUAAUUAAAGCUACCGCCGAUAGUGAAACCUUGUUUGAUUGUAACAGUGGUAGUAAUCGCUUACCUUCCAUUUAUUUAGUUUCAGUUGGUGGAGAUAAGCGUAAAAAAUGUAAGAUGCAAAAUAAGGUACUUAAUGAGCCUUUGUUAAACUUCAGGGAAACAGUGAGAGCCUCGUUAUCACGCUGGGAAGGCGGUGAUUGGGUCAUGAAUAAUGUAUCGGGGUGGGAGGAGACAGUUUCGGCGUUGACUGUAGUUUAGUUGCGAGCGUCACGGUGUGUAUUGAAGACCGGGACAUGGUCUGAAUGGCUUUCUUUACAGUCACUGGAGGAAGUUUUCGUUCAUCGAACACCAGAACGAGGCAUGGCUGGGAAGCCUUUCCGAGCCACCUACAUCUGGACCAGCAUCAUUUCAAAUCUGCAUACUCGCGUGGAGGUCAAGCGUCGGCGUCACAACCUGAAGUCUUACCAUGACUGUUUCUUGGGUUCAGAGGCAGUGGAUGUGGUGCUGGCACACAUCACCCUCAACCGUUUUUUUGGAGAUGAAGCAGUACCCCGCUAUAAAGCUGUCAAACUUUGUCAGGCGCUCAUGGACUCAAGGGUAUUUGAGCCGGUGGGAAUUAAAGUAUUUGGGAAGGAAAAGAAGAAAACUACAUUUGAGGACAGCAGUUUCAGUUUAUACAGGUUCCUGAGUCCAGAAAACAACUCGUCUUCUACGCUGACUGGCACCAAUUCCCUUUCCACUAAUACCAUUGAGAGUGGCUAUGACUCACUGAGCAUUGAAAGAAACACGAAGGGCUAUAGUCCUCUACGGGAAAGGAAAGAAGCGCAAACAACAGACAAAUCACUUGAGGACGUGCUGGGAAACCUCAACCUCAGCUCGACGAUUACCCCUCAGAUGAUCAACCUCGGCCUCUCGCAAGAGCUUGUAGAUGAAGUGUGGCACCAGCAGGCAGUGUUCAGACUGUUGCAGUUAAUAGAGCUCCCCCUGUUGGAGAGUUUGUUAGAGGGUAAGGAGACAUCGAGGCGUGCCCUACAUGGCAUGGACAGCGACCCGGACCUGUUGUAUACAUCAAGCUACCUAGACAGAGAGGUUCUGAAGGCCUUCAGUGAGGCUCAGGCUGAUGAGUGGAUGUCAGGAGCAGUGGACUGUCUGGAGUUUCUGCCUGAUGACCUGGUGGUGGAGAUCAGCCGAGGUCUGGCCGCCUGUGGAGACGACCUGAUCCGGUGUAAAAGACUACUGUAUCAAGUCCUGACUAAGCACUACGGACACACACAACAGCCACCUCUGCUUAGCAACCAAAUUUUCGAUAUCCACUGCGGCAUUUCCGAACUACUCGUGAACGGGAAGCGAGAGCAAGCUGUGGAAGCGCUCCAGCUGAGCCUGAAGCUGCAGGACUCUCGCAGCAGGGAGGAGCUGCGUCGGCUCCUGAGAUUCAUGUCUGUUGCAGCCAAACCGGAGGAGGUCAAACUGCACAAAGAGAUUGAGAACAGAAUGGCAGUGAAAAGGUCUUUCUCACGUGCCAUCGUCUACAGCAGAAGACUCGCCAAAGGAAAGGUGGACUUGAUGGUUCUGUUCAUGAUGGAUAACCACUGUGAUCUGUUCAAAAUUCCUGUCUCACUGCACAAGAUGGUUAGUGACAGAAUAACGAAUAUUGUGAAAGGGAAGGAUCCAGAUAUGUUGACAGGAUCAGCGUACUCAACAAGAGUAAGCACUGAGGUGUAUUCACAAAACGCACGAAAAACCACUAAAGAGGAGCUCGUGUCUUUAUUGCGGACAGUCCACGAGAGCCCUACGCUCUCUGAUAAAGAAAAGAGACGGCUGCUUGGACAGUUUUAUAAAGGCCAUCCGGAGAUAUUCGUUCAGUACUUUGGAAAUAAAUUGUCCAGUAUCAACAUGUUGUUACAAUAAUAUUUAUUAAUUUAAAAAGACCAUAUACUAUAAGGUAAAGAAGAAAAUAGCCAAUGCAAUCCAGAUGAUGUGAAAACGUCCAUGUCAGCGAGUGGAUUUUAUUUAGACUACUGAACGCAAAUGUGAAUCUUAAUAAUCGUAAUUAUUUAAGGAACUUGACAUUUUCUUUUGGUGCAGGACGCUAACAUGAAGUUUUAAAUGAAACUGUUACUUUCCGAGAAAGACAAAAUGAACCAAGUGUUCUUUAGUGAUUCCCCCCCCCCCCCCUUUUCUCACUGCAAACCAUCUUGAUGGCUUGAUGUUUUGUAGGCAGAAAAGGGCAAAUCUGCUUGCCAGAUUUUUAUUUUUUAAAGAUGUAAAUGUUCUGUGUGUUUGUGCAAUAGAAACAGUGUUACCAGUCAAAAUGUUCUCAAUGCGAUGUACAGUAUAGCUUUGUGUAAGUAACCCUCAAACGGAAAUUUGAAACUGGAAAUUUGAAAGUCUGAUGUUGAACUGUAGUAAACAAUAAGACGCAUUCAUGAGAA